GACUUCAGUAGUUGCUUACUUUGCUUAUUGUCAACAAUGUAUUUUAUUUUUUUAACGUUUAUCACCAUCGUAAAUGGACAUUCCGUACCUUUGGAUCGUGUUAGAGGUUGGAAUUAUUUGAAUCUUCACUGCAGAGAUAACGAAAAUAGACCUGUUGGAUGGUGGUACAUUUACAAGCCUCCUAGUGACAUUGCGCCAUACUUAGAAUUAGGACGUAACUUUACUUAUAUCACUUCAAGAAACGCUGGCAGAUGGCAACCUUCUAGCAAAUACAUUACUGCCAAUUCUAUGUUGCAGCACACGUUGUCUCCUAUUUAUAGGCCGACGUACACAGAUUACCUAGCGGUGGCAGUUUACGAGCCGCGCUCGACAUCGGAGGCCCGCGGCGUGCUGUUGGCUGACGAGGUCGGCGGUGUUUGGAUAGGGCAUACCGUACCCGGCUUGAUCCACAUGCGCGGUUAG